CCUGGCGGCCACUCCGUCGCUUUGCUUCGGCUCACUCCAACCAAGGGCCCCGUUGCCAAUUUAACUGCAGUCGCAAACGAAGGAGGCGCCGAGCGCUCCCGCCCUCCUCCUCCUCCUCCUGCCAGGCUGCAACUCCCCCUCCGCCGCUUCCCUGCGAGUUGACUCGGCACUGUAAGCGCAGGGCCUGAACUCGGGCCCGUCCCGUUCGUCCCGUCGCCGUCAUGAACAUGAAGAAACGGAUCCACUUGGAGUUACGAAACCUGACUCCGCCGGAUAUCAAAGAGCUUGUUCUUGAUAACUGCAGAGCAAAUGAUGGUGAAAUUGAGGGACUCACAGAAGAGUUUGUGAACUUGGAGCUUCUCAGCUUAAUAAAUGUUGGACUGUUAUCUGUCUCAAAUCUCCCUAAACUCCCCAAAUUGAAAAAGCUUGAACUAAGUGAGAACAGAAUUUCUGGAGGCCUUGAUGUAUUAGCAGAAAAACUUCCUAGCCUCACACAUUUAAAUCUCAGUGGAAAUAAACUGAAGGAUAUUGAUACUUUGGAACCAUUGAAAAAGUUGGACUCUCUGAAGAGCCUUGACCUGUUCAACUGUGAAGUAACAAAUCUAAAUGAUUACCGAGAGUGCAUCUUCACACUUCUUCCACAGCUCACAUAUCUAGAUGGAUUUGAUCAGGAAGAUAACGAGGCUUCUGAUUCAGAUGCUGAAGUAGAUGGUUUUGAUGAGGAAGAUGAGGAAGAUGAUGAUGAUGAUGACGACGAUGACAUAUAUGAGGAUGAGGAUGAAGACGAGUAUGACGGAUGGCAGUCAUUUUGUUCUGAUUUGUUUGAGUAUGAAGGAAGACAAGAUGAAGAAGAUGAAAUUAGUGGAGAGGAGGAAAAGGUUGCCCAUGACAGUGAAGAAGAUGAAGAUGAUGAUGAUGACGAUGAUGACGAUGAAAAGGAAGAAGAUGAAGAAGAGAGUAAGAAAGGUGAAAAGCGUAAAAGAGAAACAGAUGAUGAAGGGGAGGAAGAUGAUGAUUAAAGUCUUCUGUGUCUCCAAAGGACUGUUCAGUAUUUCUUGGGGUACCCCUUGGAUGAUCUGUGACUUGAGGAGCACGUGUGACGCACCUGUAGUUCUCCCCCUCCAAGCGCAGCACUCAAAAAAGCCAAAGAGUCGGCUAUUCCUGUGACAUUCCAUUGUACCCUGCAGCUGAUUUCUCCAGGUGGUUACAGACCUAGCCUUCUUGGGCUAGCACCUUCACUUAUCCUCUUGGGAGUUCCCAGGCCUUCAUCUCUUCCCAUUGCCCUAGCAAGAACAAGUGUGAUGGGCCAGUCCUGGCUAUAGGGGCUCCACACCACCCACUGACUAUACUUCCCUUUUUAAUCUCUGUGCAACAAAGCUUUGUAAAUAGAGUCCUGAAGUUUUGGGGACUGCUCUUCAUGCUUUGCUUUCCCUGCCUUCUUUUUCCUUUUCUAAGCCGUUGGAUAUUUUUUACAUUAGGAUGUUUUAUGCAACAACAGAAAAAAGUAUUUUUAAGAACUUGAAUUAAAUAAACGUUAUUUGAUAAACUAUAAUCUUGCAGUUAUUAUAUUCAGAGAGAUUUGAAAAUGUGCCUUUUUUUUUGCUUAAACUUUAGUAGACAGGAUUGUGAAUAUUCUGCAUUUGUGAAAUAAAACAGAAUCUAGAUUCUUUGAUCUAUGAAGGUUGUUUAGGUUAGGUAAUUUAUUUUGCUAUGCAAGUAAAUAACCAGGAAGCCCUGCUUCAUCUUUCUCUCCAGCUUCACAGAUUGCUUUAUUACUAGUACAAUUCACAAUGUAAGUAAAUUUUAAAAACUUUUGACUUUUGAAGUUGAUGUGCUUCUGGGUUGUAAAUGACUACUAUCAGGCUUGGAAAAUUUUAGCUGUUCACAGAGGUUUUUAUCUAGAUGUUUUACUUAUUAAGAUAUUAUUGUUUGUAGCCAAUGACGUAUUUUUAGCUACUUUGCAUAAGUAUUUCAAAUAGCAGAAUACCUUUUCCAUUAUCACCUUUCUUCAGCAUAUCCCAAUAAAGGCCAUCUCCAUCACUAUA